AUGGAGAUAAGAGGGACUUUAAAGCAAAUUUUAAGAGAAACCCAAACCAGGGUGAUGAGUAGAGAGAACAGGGAUAAAACUAGGAGAAGUUACUUCUGUAAAAGAUGUGGGAAGGAUCACCCAGGGAAGGAUUGUGCAGGUAAUAAGGUGACAUGUCGAUACUGCCAAAAAUUGGGACACCGGGAAUACGAGUGUUUCAAGAAGGAAGCAGACUUGAAGAAUGGGAAGGUUCAGGAUGGACGAAAUCCCCCAAAACCCCCGCAAUCUAGUGGACCUGCCCAGAACACCGGAAUCAGUAAUGGUGGAAAUACCCCUAAGGGCCGGAUUUUUGUAAUGAAUAGCCGUGAAGCUGAGACUUCCAAUAAUGUGGUAAUUGGCACUUUUCUUAUACGUUCUUUAUCUAUGAAAGUUUUAUUUGUUUCGGGUGCAUUGCACUCUUUUAUUUCUAAGACAGUAAUAGAAAGUCUCCAGUUAGAAAGUCUAGAGUUAGUUUCCUUGGAUGUAGCUAUUCCAACAGGGGAGGUUAAGGAGUGUUCUAGACUUUUUAGGAUUGUACCCCUAACUAUUUCAAAAGUUGAGUUUCCAUCGGACCUAAUUGAAUUCGAUCUCAAAGAUCUUGAUGUGAUCGUGGGAAUGGACUAG